AUGCUUAUAAUUGCAUUUGUAGAAUCUAAUAGCUUCCAGAAGCCGCACUACGUGGCCACGUAUCGUGUUGAUGUUAUAUAUAACUUGCCUAAAAGUCGUGACACAAGUAUUGCACAUCGAACUUUAAAAUUUGAUCUUAACCUCACUUCUGAUAAGCUUGAAAGAUAUGAGCCAUGCAUUCGCAACAUAAAUAGAAUCGGUCGAUCUAACACUUCAUGUUUGUCGGCAGGCAUGAAAAUGACUAUGUCCACUACAGCCACAAUGAGCGCCCGCGUUCAUCGGAAAGUGAUGCGCGCGCCUCAUAAGCGAGCGCACCCGGGGAAAAUGCUCCACGCCGGGAAACUGGUGCACCCGGGGAAGGGAAUCCACUCGGGGAAGUUCGCACAUGUGGGGAAGUUCGGGAAACUCGGUCACUACACGCACACGCACUCGUUGCGCCCGCCGGAGCCCUGCGACAAUAGUAACGACAGCGGUCUGGGGCCCGACCCCGUCACCAGAUUGUCGGAGGUGGCCGAGGAGUGGGAAGAGCCGGAUACUAAGAGGCGGUGCGAGAGAGAGACGGGCGUAAAGAUAGAGUGCGAUGACGCGAACGAUGCGUACGCGUUCGCUCUGCCCGCCGCGCCCUCGCACGCGCCCAGCGCCACUGACACUGCGCCCGCCACACUACCGAUUCCCGCGAUCAAAGCCGGUUCCAGCAUUUCUAGUCCAAGCAUAGCAGAGACGACAGGCAAAAGGUUUCAAAAUCCAACGUAUUGGUCGUACGGGAAACUGGAGAGUAGCGGCAAGCUAGCCAAUAAGUAUGCUAGUGGAGGGAAAUUAGGGGGGAAAUUGGGUGGUAAAUUAUCAGGAAAGCAUGGUGGGAAAUUAGCCCAGGCUUUGGCGCGAAGAAGAGCGCUGGCAGCUAUGACACACUCAGGGCCGCCGGGAUUAUCGGCGCCGCUCUCGUGCAAAUCUAGAGACGGGACGGUUGAGCUGCAGAUACUGUGUCAACCGGAGACACAGCAUAGAGCGAGAUAUCAGACUGAAGGUAGUCGAGGAGCAGUUAAGGACAAUUCUGGGAAUGGCUUCCCUGUUGUGAAACUUGUCGGUUAUGACAAGCCAGCUGUGCUUCAGGUAUUCAUAGGUACUGAUACAGGGCGCGUGGCCCCGCACAUGUUCUACCAGGCGUGCCGCGUGUCUGGAAAAAACUCUACGCCCUGCAAAGAAAGAAAAGAAGAUGGGACUGUUGUCAUUGAAAUAGACUUGGAACCGGCAAAAAACUGGCAGGUCACUUGUGACUGUGUGGGAAUUCUGAAGGAACGUAACGUGGAUGUAGAGCACAGGUUCGGCGAGGCCCUGGGUGGCGGUGCGGGCGGCGUGCACGCGGCGCGGGGGAAGAAGAAGUCCACCAGGUGCCGCAUGGUGUUCCGCACAGAGAUACUCGACUCAAACGGACAGACGGAAACACUACAAGUCUGCUCCACACAGAUCAUAUGCACCCAGCCUCCCGGAGUACCGGAAGUGUGCAGGAAGUCGCUGGUGUCGUGUCCGGUGACGGGCGGCCUGGAGCUGUACCUGCUGGGGAAGAACUUCCUCAAGGAGACCAGGGUGGUGUUCCGAGUGAAACACGACGGGGUUACCUGGGAGGAGGAGGUCGUCCCCGACAAGGAGUUCCUGCAACAGACGCACCUGGUGUGCUGCGUGCCGCCCUACUCGCGCCAGGACGUGCAGGAGGCGGUGUGCGUGCAGCUGUUCGUGCGCUCGGGCGGCAAGUCCUCUGAGCCGCACGCCUUCUACUACACGCCGGUGGGGGCGCGCGCCAUGCACUGCACGCAGCACCCCGCGCACACGCCCCUUACCCCCCACACCGCACACACAGGUGAGGCUGCUCUCAUGCCGCCGCCCCUCGCCCCCCUCGCGCCCCUCCCGCCCGCUCGCCGCACCUCUCUGCUGCACGACCCUCACUCUCCGCUGGGACUCAAGAGCGAGGUGGACGAGUCCAGUCAACACUCGCUGCUGGAGGGCGAGCGCUCGGAGCCCGACGCGCCGCUGGCCGACGACAUCAUGGACCUGCGGCUCAAGUCCGAGACCAUCACCUGCGACUCGCAGGCACAGGUGGGUUUCGUGAGCGGCUACGACUCCAUCAAGCUGUCCCCGAGCACCGCCUCCCGGGACGAGUCCCCGUCCGUGAUCGCGUCCUUCACUCAGCAGCUGCAGGCCAUACAGAACCAGGUGCAGACGGACAAGAUGGUCGAGUCCGUGACCGCCGCCAUCUUCAACUCUGACAACGCCGGCCAGAUGUACGAGCAGCCGCUGCUGCCCAUCAACACCAUGGACACCAUGCAGCGGAUCAUGUCCGCCAAGACCGCCAUGGACCCGCUGGACCGGGACAUGAAGGUGCUCAACUCGGACCUCAUGAUGACCAGCGACCCCAUGCAGACCGGCGUGCUGCAGACAACCAGCGAACAGAGACUCAUGGUGUACGAGCAGGUGCCGCCGGCCCGCGAGGACGGCUUCAACCCGUUCGGAGCCAUCGGCAAGAUGGAGGCCACUCAGAUUAAACAACGGCUGGCCCAGCAGACCGCGCACAUGGACGCGCUCGUGGAGGACGCCAUGCGCUCCGCCGGCGCCAGCAUCAUGCCCGGGGACGCCGCCAAGCUGGACGAGCUGGUCAACUCGCGAGUGGAAGACCACCUGGGCGGCGCGGGGACCUCGCCCUCCGGCGCCUCGCACGCCUCCGACGUGCUGCUGAGUCCCGGCGCGGCGGUGGUGCCGCGCACGUCCGACCUGCUGCUGCCGCUGGCCGCCACCACCAUGUCCCCGGACGUGAUCCUCGACCCCCAAGUGUCCCCGUCCAUGCUGUGCGACUCCUCGCAGCGCAUCGUGCUCCCGCCGCGGUCGCAGGACGAGCUGAUGAUGAUGCCGGACAUCCCGUCGUCCGUGAAGACGCCGCCGGCCGCCGUCAAGUCCAUGAUCCUGAACGCGGCGGCCGAGAUCCUGACGUCGGACCGCGCCAUGAACGCGCUCGUCACGUCCGCCAUCAACACGGCCAACAUGGCGGCGGCGGACGCGGCGCCGGCGGACGAGCCCGCGGCCGCCAUGUCACAGGCCGUGUCCCAGGCCGUGACGCAGGCUGUUUCGCAGGCCGUGUCACAGGCGGUGUCGCAGGCCGUGUCGCAGGAGAUGACGGCGCCCGUGCAGGGCCUCACGGACAUGAGCGACCAGGACCUGCUGUCCUACAUCAACCCCAGCACCUUCGACCAGGGUGAGUACGACAUCGACAUGUUCUAG